GGAGCCGGUUGGGCUGGAUCCUGCCUUCAGGGGCCUCCCGGAAGAGACCUCCUGUACGUGCCCUCCUGCUGCCACAGUUCCUCAGCCGGGCGGGGCAGAGAGCCACUUUUGGAGGCUCCGAGCCCAGCACCCCUUGGGGUGCGGGAUCCGGCCCAGUUGGUGAAGUCUCUGGCUUUAAGCUCGCUUCUUGGCCACGGUUUAAGCGUAUUUGGUUGUCACUUAACUCAGCUGGGUCUCAAGGUGUUUCUAAAGUGGCUGGAGGCUUCCUGAGUUUUUUCUACGAGUGGGUUAUUGAGGGUGGUAAGCUGAGCGAUGUUCGACCCCUGCCCUGAGGAAUGCGCAGCUCAAAUGUUUCUUUUCCUUUUCUUUGACAUGAGAGGUUAGGAUGGAGAAUUGACCUGAUCGGAAGUCUCUCUUCGCCCAGGGGUUGAUGGGUGCGAUCUGCGAUGGCCUCGACAAUAUCUACACAACACUGUGGCCAGUACAGCUGUCACUGUCCAUUUUCCCCGAACGACUCCAUUUCCCCUACUGGUUCCAUUCUGCUCGCUCUGUUUUACUUGGGCUGGAAAAGUGCGUGUCAAGCCUUGGGCCGGUUUCCUUCUUGAGCUUCUAACAGAACGACUAAACUGAAAGAACAGUGUAUUUGCAGACAUUCUUAUUGCGUUGUUAAGUAUGGUCUGAAAGUCCCAGAGUUUUUCAGACUGCCGCCCAGCUCUAAUGGGAUGAAGAGAGUGUCGGACUUACGGCAGACUGCCCUGUAAAUCGAAUCAGUUCAGAAACCAUGGACAGGUCAACCGCUUGAUGUGGCUGAGCUUCAGAUUUUUAUCUCUAAAAUCGGGAGGGAGGUAGUGGUGUUAAAGUAUCUAGUAUGAUGCCUCGUCCAUCCAAAACCCGAACCCGUUGCCAUCGAGUCGAUUCGGACUCAUAGCGACCCUAUUGGGCAUAAUAGAACUGCCCCACACGGUUUCCGAGGAGCACCUGGUGGAUUCAAACUGCUGACCUUUGGGUUAGCAGCUGUAGCUCUUAACCACUAUGCUACCAGGGUUUCCGCCUCGUACAUACAGCUCAAUAGAUAUUUAUUGAAUGUGAAUUGUUGAGAUUACCGCCCCUUCCCUCUGUCCUCUUUGCUAGCAUAGCUUAAGUUCAGAGUUGGAGGAUGAAGCUCCUAGGUUCAUUCCCUGUUGCUGUCAUUCUAGUGUCAUCUCUGUAGGAAGCCUCAAUCUCCCCAUUUUGGACAAUGAGGAGAGUUUACUGAGUUCAGUAUAUCUCUGCUUUUCGAUUUGCUCUUCAGGUUCCAGGAAAUGCUUGUGUCAUGAGUUUUUCUCAGGGAACGAAGGUUGUGAGCACUUUCAGAGUGCUGAAAUGGAUGGUAAACGCAUAAUUUUUGGUAGGGACUGUCAGGCAAGCAUCUGCGUUGGAACCCCAGGCCCAUAUACUCCUGAGAGGAGUUAAAGCGUUGUGCAGAGAGUGGACUCUGGAGCCAGACUGCCUGGAUUCAAAUUCCUUAUCAACUACCAUUGAGACUUUGGGUUUUAGAAGAUGGCGAAGUUCAUGACACCCGUGAUCCAAGAUAAUCCCUCAGGCUGGGGCCCGUGUGCAGUUCCCGAGCAGUUUCGGGAUAUGCCCUACCAGCCGUUCAGCAAAGGAGACCGGCUAGGAAAGGUGGCAGAUUGGACAGGUGCCACAUACCAGGAUAAGAGGUACACAAAUAAGUAUUCCUCUCAGUUUGGUGGUGGAAGUCAAUAUGCUUAUUUCCACGAGGAGGAUGAAACUAGCUUCCAGCUGGUGGAUACAGCACGCACGCAGAAGACUGCCUACCAGCGGAACCGGAUGAGGUUCGCACAGCGUAAUCUCCGCAGAGACAAAGAUCGACGGAACAUGCUGCAGUUCAACCUGCAGACCCUGCCUAAGAGUGCCAAGCAGAAGGAAAGAGAGCGCAUACGACUGCAGAAGAAAUUCCAGAAGCAGUUUGGAGUGAGGCAAAAAUGGGACCAAAAAUCACAGAAGCCCCGAGAUUCUUCAGUCGAAGUGCGCAGUGACUGGGAAGUAAAAGAGGAAAUGGACUUUCCUCAGUUAAUGAAGAUGCGCUACUUGGAAGUUUCAGAGCCACAGGACAUCGAGUGUUGCGGGGCCCUGGAGUACUAUGAUAAAGCCUUUGACCGCAUCACCACGAGGAAUGAGAAGCCACUGCGGAGCAUCAAACGCAUCUUCCACACUGUCACCACCACGGACGACCCUGUCAUCAGAAAGUUGGCAAAAACUCAGGGGAACGUGUUUGCCACUGAUGCCAUCCUGGCCACACUGAUGAGCUGCACCCGCUCAGUGUAUUCCUGGGACAUCGUCGUCCAGAGGGUUGGCUCCAAGCUCUUCUUUGACAAGAGAGACAACUCUGACUUUGACCUCCUGACAGUGAGUGAGACAGCCAACGAGCCCCCUCAGGAUGAAGGCAAUUCCUUCAACUCACCCCGCAACCUGGCUAUGGAAGCAACCUAUAUCAACCACAAUUUCUCCCAGCAGUGCUUGAGAAUGGGGAAGGAACGAUACAACUUCCCCAACCCGAACCCGUUUGUAGAGGAUGACAUGGAUAAGAAUGAAAUCGCCUCUGUUGCAUACCGUUACCGCAGGUGGAAACUUGGUGACGACAUUGACCUGAUUGUCCGCUGCGAGCAUGAUGGCGUCAUGACCGGAGCCAACGGGGAGGUGUCCUUCCUCAACAUCAAGACCCUCAAUGAGUGGGAUUCCAGGCACUGUAACGGCGUUGACUGGCGUCAGAAACUAGACUCGCAGAGAGGCGCCGUCAUUGCCACAGAGCUGAAGAACAACAGCUACAAGCUGGCCCGGUGGACCUGCUGUGCUUUGCUGGCCGGAUCCGAGUACCUCAAGCUUGGCUACGUGUCCCGGUACCAUGUGAAAGACUCCUCACGCCACGUGAUCCUGGGUACCCAGCAGUUCAAGCCCAAUGAGUUUGCCAGCCAGAUCAACCUGAGUAUAGAGAACGCCUGGGGCAUCCUGCGCUGCGUCAUUGACAUCUGCAUGAAGCUGGAGGAGGGCAAGUACCUUAUCCUCAAGGACCCCAACAAGCAGGUCAUCCGUGUCUACAGCCUGCCGGACGGCACCUUCAGCUCUGAUGAGGACGAUGAAGAGGAGGAGGAGGAAGAGGAAGAAGAAGAGGAAGAAGCUUAAACCAGAUGGUGAUGUGGACCUGGAGCUGUAAUUCCACAGAGCCUGGAAGGGCCUUUGAUCCUUAAGGGGAUGUUUGCCCGACUCUGCUCUCUCCAGUUUGCAGAAGGAAUAAAGUCUCAGUCUGUAUAGUCUCUUUA